AUGGUAGUAAUACGAGAUAUAAGGUCAGAGUUUUACGGCGAAGUUGUUGGAAAUAGAGUUCUUGUAUGUGUUUAUCCUGAUGUUGAUGGUUUGUGUACAUGGAGGGUUUUGAAGGAACUUUUCAAACACCGAAAUGUGCUUUACACGCUUGUGAUUGUAAAGGAUAAGGGAGAUUUAAAGGAGACUUACUCAAAAAAUCGUGACUUUUUCCAGGUGGCAGUGUUUAUAAAUUGUGGGGCAAACUUCGAUGUUGUUGGUAACUUAGAUCCUCAAGAGGAAUGCAUCUUUUACGUUUGCGACAGCCGCCGUCCGAUUCAUAUUAAUAACUUCUACAACCAACGUCAGAUUAAACUCUUAUGUCUUAAUGAAGACACCACGCUAGUGCCGAAAUUCGAGGACGUGUUUCGAGAGUUCUCGAGUGAUGAGUCAGAUGAGGAUUCUGAGGAGCAACAGAACAGAAGAUUGCAACCAGAUGAUAUCGAAAAAAGAAUAGAAAAAAGGAAAUGGAAUAGAAAAAGACAAGAACUUUUAAUGGAUUAUGAGAGCUUUUCCUACCAUAGUGUUGCUUCGUCUGUAGUCAUGUUUGACUUAGCCUGGAAGCUCUCCCAGGAAAACAACUGCUUAUUAUGGUAUGCGAUAGUAGGUCAAACCUCCCAACUAAUCACUCAUGCAAUAAAUCGAGAACAUUAUAUUGACCAACUAGACUAUCUUCAGAGCCAUAUGAGUCGUCUAAGUCAUAUUGGUCAAAUUCAUUCUGGAACAAGUACAAGUGAUGAAAAUAAAGCUAGAAUCGAAAUUUUAUUUGAAGAUGAAUUAGCUCUAUGGCUUUAUAGACAUUGGAGUUUAAAAGAAGCAAUAGAGACCAGUAUGGUAACAGCAUCCAAAUUCAAACUGUUUACUGAAGGAGGACAGCGACGUAUGUAUGAAUUUCUUGUACAGUUGGGAUUGCCGCGACGUGAAUGUGCACAGUUAUAUUCUUCUAUGAAUAGUAGUUUGCGUGACAGUUUAAAUGCACAAUUUUUACAAUAUGGUGAAAAAUAUGGUCUUUCACGAACUGAUCUGUUUUUACCAUCUUUCAUUGUUCAUUUGGGAUAUCGAACACCUAUGUCGGCAGUCGAUACUGUUUUCCUAACUAUAUCCGCUUUAGAGUGCUAUAAUAGCGGUAAUCCGGUGGAAAACUUUCAAACGGCAUUGGACACAGUAGCUUGUUGGAAUUCACCUUCAUUAGAUCAAGAGAUAAAACAAACAGAAAUCCAUCUUCAGAGUUUAGCUAACCAAGUUCGUAAUCUUUUAGAUACAGAUGAUGUGGUCGCGUUUGGUCCAUUUUUGUAUGUAUAUAUUAGAAAAAGUUCUUUGGUAACACAUGCACUGAGGAAUAGUCAGUCUUUAGCGAUUUUAUCAAAAUACAUUCUUAUGGCAAAGUCAUCAAUGAGGGCUAAAUUGGGUCAUGGUAGAAGAGUAGUUCAAAUGCCUUUAAUCGUGUGUGUAGAUAGCAAAUCAGAUGAUAAUUAUAUUUCACUCUUGGGAAUUCCACCAAUUCAUGGAGACGAUGACCGGAAUUUAUUUGGUCAAGCUUUUGAAGCUGCUAUAAAUCGCACUAAAGCACGUGCUGAGUUCAAAUAUUUCAGUACAAAUUGUAUUGAACUUCAUAGAGAAGAUAUGCUAAAACUAUUUGAAGCACUGUCAUCUCUGCUUACUUAG